AUGCCUCAGUUAAUAUCGCAUGUAGUCCUUCGGGCCUUGCGAACUCUCGCUCAAGCCCAAGCGCCAAAACCAUCCACCAUCCGCUCUCUCACAACCUCCUCAGCCAGCCUUUUUGCUCGCCGGACAACCACCACAUCCACGCCCUCAAUCACAAACCGCUUCACAUUCGCCCCUGUCUUCCGCACCCAGACAGCCCUCAACACCCUCUCCGCCCGCCAAUUUUCAAGCUCCCCCAUCGUCCGUGCAACCUACAACCAAGUCCGACGCGGGUGUCGGACCGGCCAACGCGCGCGCCGUGGUCGCUCGCCCGCACUGAAGAACCACCCUGCGCUCAAGGGUGUCUGUGUGAAGACGGGUAUCACGAAGCCCAAGAAACCCAACUCGGGAGAGCGCAAGGUUGCAAGAGUGCGGUUGAGUACGGGCAAGGUUGUGACUUGCUAUAUUCCCGGCGAGGGUCACAAUAUCCAGCAGCACAGUGUUGUCCAGGUUCGCGGUGGCAGAGCCCAGGAUUGUCCUGGUGUGAAAUAUACUCUUGUUCGCGGCGCCAUGGAUUUGGGUGGUGUUGGAAGCCGUGUGACGAGUCGGUCCAAGUAUGGAACAAAGAAGCCCAAGAGCAGCUAA